AUGCACCGCAUUGCAUUCCUGUCCGCGGAGGAGCCGCUCUCGCAAACCGAGCUGUGUCUUUUCGACAUUCUCGAGAACGCCGUGUUUAAAUUCGCAUUGAAGUGGGGCAAGAUCAUCAAGUACGACCUGGCGCUUACGUGGAUUGCCUUGGGCUUGGCUGAGUGGUUUCCGCCGAUCCCGCACACGCCCUGGGUGUUGCUUGGACGCGACGUUUCGCUGGAUCAGCACACGUGCAUCGGCUCUGUCUUUGAUGACUAUGAGGAGUACAUCAGUGGUCACGCAGACUUGCGCGGCAAGCUUGACGAGAUGGUGCGCGACGAGACUGCCACGCCCAUGAAGUUCCACGAGGCAUACGAGCGGCUUGCAUUAGUUCUCUUGCACUCGCCUGAGGCCGCCAACAAGCGCCUGAAGGGUGAGCAGCUAUUGAAGAUCGACAAGUCUACGUUGCCCGUAAGUGGGGGCACCAUCGAGGAGCGCGUGUCGUUCUUUAUUUACGUGUUCCAACGGAUGCUCCCGGAGCUCUCGCAGUACUUCCAGGAGGAGGAGAUCCUCAACAAGUUUGGCCUGCACGAUGAUGAAUGGGUUCUCUGGUGGCUCAAGUACUGCGGGCUGAAGGUGUGGUCGCGUGUCGACCGUGGCCGCGUGUGGGACCUCAUCAUUGGAUGGCGGCCACAGAGCAAAAAGGCAGAGCUCGACCAGAACUACUACGCGGACAAGUUGGCAAUUCCGGACGCGGUUCUCGACAAGUUGGGGCCCGACGUGUUCUGGUCUGUGGACUAUGAGGACGACCUGCUGGCGGAUAUGAUGAAGGACGAUUCGAUCAAGGACUUGAUCAGCGACCUACACAUAGACACGGAAAGGAAUAGCCUGCGGGCACCGCUGCUGGCAGACACGGAUCUGACGUGUAUUUUGCCCCCGGCUCUUGACCGCAUAAAAAGCACCAUCCCGUUCUGCAAGGUGGAUCCGCACAUCGAGCUUUUGUUUGUGUCGCUCUCAAUCUUGAAGGCGAAGGAGAACACGUUGGUGGAGCUUGACCAGCACGAGAUCCGGACUUUUCUCUCGCGUUUGCCCGCGAAGUCGUACAAGCUCAGUGACAAGUACAAGCAGUACCAGGAACAGAGGGACAAGGAGCGCGGCGCGUCGCAGAGCAACUACGGCUUGCUGUACGAUUACAUGGAUAGCGUCAUCUACGAGGCCGGGGAGCUCUGGCGGAAAUGGCUCUGGCUGGAGCUCAAUGGCGAAAUGUAG